UGACAGUUUGGUUUUGCUCUGCUGUUUGUGUCUCUGCAUGGUUGCUGUGUGGCAUGGCUGUGGCUGGCUGCAGGGGCCGUACCUGGUGCACGGUGAGCAGAAGCGGGAAGGGCCUCUGACAGAGUGCGGCGGGAGUGGCACCCUGCACGACUAUCAGACAGACCUGGGAGGAAAACCUCAGCAGCAGCAGCAGCAGCAGCAGCAGCAGCAGCAAACGUACCUGCGCUCCUCUCGUGGCCAGCUACGGGGAGGGAGCGGCCGGGGUCUGUCACGGCAAGACACCUUCGAUUCUGAGACGCAGGGCAGCCGGGACUCUGCCUACACCGAGGCCGGCGACUCCUGCAUGGACAUUGAGACUGACCCCUAUGAAGAGCCCGAGCCCUACCGAGGUGGCGGAGGCAGCCGCCUCCACCUGGCGCAGCAUCAUGGCAGACAGGCAUCCUGGGAAGAUGAAGGCGCCGAGCCGGACCAGGAAAACCUGAACCACCCUCCGAUGCCGAGCCAGACACAGCCACAUGGACGUGCCAAGCUGAGGGAGCGUUACUGCCAGGACCCUGUGGACACCGGGGCCAACAUGAGCCGCAACAAGAACCAGGACGACUGGGGGAGGGACGUCUACAUCCGCUGAACACGCAUCACACCACAGAGGCAAGGAAGCUACAGGACAGACUGAGAGAUGGGGGGAGGGAGGCGGGGAGGGUUCAGGUUUUGGGUUCAGACAGAACUGAAGUGUGUGUUUGGGGCCACGCCAGUCGGGCUAACAAAUUAAUCUGUUUACAUCCCAGUACAAUGUAAAGAAAAACAUCAACUGCCAGAUGCCAUCUUCAUCAACUUCUUCUUGCAGUUCAAUUUAUUUACGUUUAGAAAAAAUAUUGGUCUGUUCUUUUGUUUCCUUUGUUAAUACUGCAUGAUUAUCAUGGAUUUCUAUACUGACAGCACGAGGACAGUAAUUGUUACGAUUGUGAAUCUCUGAUUGUGAUCUGUACGACUCAAUCUCUCCUUCAGUUGUAGUGUGAAGGCCGGUAGAGCUGUAGUCCGUCAUGUCUGUCCUCUGCAGUCUUAAACAGGGUCUAAUGUCACCGUCCCCAUGUACAGUGUCAGGGUUUCUCUUUACCUUAAUCUCACUCAGCGCUUUUGGAUUUCAGGGUUUGACUGUAAUCCAGAAGUUAAGAGUCUCUCACCUCCACGUUCUUAUCACCCAGACCUUAAAAAAAAAAAGCUGGUGGAGAAGUUGCCAUAUUUUAACACAACAAUUUAUCGAUGUUGCUACGUUCAUGUCAGCUUGAUAACAACAAAGAGUACACUCCAAAGACGUUUACUUCUUCCCUGACCUGGUUCAGCCACUGUACCCGACUGUACACGUCUGACCCAGUCCUCCUGUUUUCCCUCGUGGGCGCUGCGGGGCGCCGACAGUUUUCAUUUGUUCUCUGGUUUUUCUAACGUGGUGCAGAUUCAAGGAAGCACUGCAGUUGUGUGAAUGAAGUGUCCUGCCUUAGUCACUCGCACCCUAAAACACCCUUAUUUCAAGAAAACUCCAAUCACAAGUGCCGGAAUGUCUCGCCAAGCCAUGUCCACCACUGCCACGGUGGGAUGUCUUAACUCUUGUUAACACUCGUUUUCAUACCAUAUCUGUGUCUCUUUGUGUGUCUUCGUGGCUACUCUGCACUGUAGCCCAUGCUGUCUCUCCUGCACAUGUCGUUUUUUUCUUUGCACCAGCUUCGUCGUCUGUUUUUCAGGGCUAAUGGUUAUAUAAAAAAAAAAAGUACUUGUGUGUGCGGUUAAUCACUCCCAACUUCCACCCAAACAGCUAGCUUGUCUGAUAUUAAAUACAACUCUGUUCUUACUCUUGAUUUCUGACUGAAUUAGUGUUGUUUUUUCCUGUGGACAUUUGCAAUUUUUUUAAUUUUAUUUUAAAUCUUCAGUUCUUGUGAGGUAGUGAGAGGAGUAUCAAGUGGGGUGGGGGGUGGGGUGUAGGAUCAGUACUCAGUUAUCUAUAAUGGAGAAUCCAUGAAUGUCUUUGGUGGGCUGCUUUGGCCCCCGCCUGUCUUCAGUUGAAUAAAUAAAUAUUAAAUAAUGAUCAGUAAAUAAUGUUAUUGUUGCGUUAUCGCAAUUGUUAAAAAUAUGAAAUAACAUGUAUCAUUGGUGCCUGAUUGUAGCUACAUUUUGCUUUUUCUGCCUUUCAUUUUUAAUCUGUGGAUAAAUUCGUAUUUUAAUUAAAAAUUUAAUCAGAAAAUG